AUGCGCGACCGCAUCAACUCCGUCGGUAACACGAAGAAGAUUACCGACGCGAUGAAGCUCGUCGCCGCGGCGAAGGUGCGCAAGGCGCAAGACGCCGUCAUUGGCGCGCGCCCGUUCUCCGAGCAGCUCGUCAAGGUUUUGUUCGCCAUCAACGAAAAGUUGCAAGGCGAAGACGUCGAUGUGCCGCUUUGCGAAAAGCGCGCCGUGAAAACCGCGCUCCUCAUCGUGUGCACGGGUGACCGCGGUUUGUGCGGGGGGUUCAACAACUUCAUCAUCCGUAAGACGGAACAACGCUGCAAAGAGCUCCGUGCGCAAGGCGUUGAAGUCAAGCUCAUCACUGUCGGUAAGAAGGGUGGUGUGUACUUCAACCGCCGCAAGGAUCAGUACAACUUGGUCAAGCGUUUCGACAUGGGCCAAGCCCCGUCCACGCAAGACGCGCAAACGAUCUCGGAUGAAAUCUUCGCCGAAUUCACCUCCAUGGAAGUCGACAAGGUUGAGAUGGUUUACUCCCGAUUCGUUUCGUUGAUCUCCGCGGAACCGACGAUCCAAACCAUCUUGCCGCUCUCCAAGGAAGGUCAAGUGUGCACCGUCGACGGUGUGUGCGUUGACGCCGAUGCCGACGAGAUCUUCAAGCUCACCACCGAGGAUGGCAAGUUCAAGGUCGAGCGUUCUUCAUCCGAGACGGAGAUGUCUGAGUUCGAGGGCGUGAUGCAGUUCGAGCAAGACCCGAACCAAAUUCUCGAUGCUCUCAUGCCGCUCUACAUGAACUCCCAAAUCCUCCGUGCCCUCCAAGAGUCUCUCGCUUCCGAGCUCGCGGCGCGCAUGAACGCCAUGUCCACCGCUUCCGACAACGCCAAGGAACUCAAGAAGAACCUUUCGCUGGUUUACAACCGCGCGCGCCAAGCGAAGAUUACCUCGGAAAUCAUCGAGCUCGUCGCCGGCGCCGCCGCCGCGUAA